UUACAUUGUGUUAACAAUUCAACUUAUACAACUCAACAUGUCUUCUAAGGUCGUAAUCGUUUUGGCGCUGAUCGCUAUGGCCGCUGCUGACCAUGGCUUCUCGUCCCAAUACAUCCAUAGACACGAUGGUCACCACGAGGUCGUGUCGCACGGCCAUGAUCAUCACCACCAUGACUAUUAUACUAUUCCCAAAUACGAGUUCGAGUACAAAGUAGACGACCACCACACCGGCGACCACAAGGUGCAGCACGAGAAGCGCGACCAUGACGUCACCGACAGCGACUACAAGACCAAGAUUGAGCACAUCGUCCCGCACCACCAUCACUAGACUGUUUCUAUUUUUCAAU